AUGUUUACUCUUUCUUCUCUGACCAUUCCUUCAACAUCUCUCAAGUUUCAGGUUCAUCGGUUUCGGUGCUAUCCCAGUCAUUUGUGUAGAAGUUCAAAAACUUACCUUCCUCAUCAAACUUUUUAUACUCGCACCACUUCAAUUAGAGCAUCGGUGGCGGACAAUAACGAGCCUAAUGAAGUCAAGAUGCAGAUCGAGAUCAUGAAGAUGAAAUUUGUAGAAGUAAUGCCAAGUCUGGUUCAAGAAUUUCCUUGGAGAAAAGCUCAACAUACACUUCUAGACAGACUACCUCUUUUUGUGCAAGAGGUGUUAAAGUGGUCAGUUAUUGUGUAUUUCAUCGUUAGCUCCUUAUCAGAUGUUGUGUAUACGUUCUCUAUAAAUCGGGAACUUAUCAUUCCUGUUGGUGUCUUUGUUGGCUGCCUUAUGGCUGAUUUCUUGAAGGAGAUAUCUCUGGAAUUGUUUCAUCAAUUUGAGGAGAUUGAUUUGAAAUGGCGUCGUUUGGGCUUGUUUGGUCUUUUUGCAUUGGUCAAGUUUACGUUAACAUCAUUCUCAACACAACCAGACGUGUUUCUUUUGCAUGUUGUAAAUGGUGGACUGAUGCAGCUACUUUGGUAUUGGAGAAAUUUUAUGGAAGAUGCAAAAGACUUACGAGAAAUGAGGAACGCUUCUGGUUUGGAAGCAUAA